AUGUCCAAAUCGACGGCUGAGCACCUCGAAUACAACAAGGAAGGCGAUAGCGAAGACCGCAAGGUCCCUUCACCUUUCGUGAACGAAGAUGUCUCCAACCUUAAAACCCGCAAUGGCAUCGUUCUCAUGCCUCAACCCUCGUCUGACCCCGCCGACCCCCUUAACUGGUCCUCCUUCCGCAAGCACAUGGCAAUGGCAACGAUUUCCUACCUCGCUUUCGUUUGUUACAUGGCCGUAACUGCUCUUGUUCCCGGAACUCUGGCAUUGGCGAGGACGUUUGACGUUCCGAAGGCUACGGCUGUUUAUCUGGGUAACACCCCCGUCGCGCUCUACGCCAUCGGACCCUUCCUCUGGUCCCCGCUUUCUCACUUCUUUGGACGCCGACCGAUUUUAUUGGUCAGCAACAUCAUCGCCAUCAUCGGUACCAUCGUCGUCGCAUCUGCCCAAUCCUACGGUGCUUGCAUGGUCGGUCGCGUUAUCCAAGGUCUCGGUGGAUGUUCGUUCUGGGGUCUCGGACCAGCCAGUAUCGGUGACAUCUUCUUCCGUCACGAGAAAGGAAAGAAGAUUGGUACGAGUACUCUCGCAAUCGUUGUCGCCCCCUUUGCUGGCGGAAUUAUCGGUGGUGCAAUCAUCAACAACCCCAGCCUCGGUUGGAGAUGGAGUCAAUGGAUCUCUCUCAUCCUCAUCGCCAUCGGCUUCAUCCUCCAAAUCUUCUUUGUCCCAGAGACCAUUUACAUCCGCUCAACCACCACUGCCCCGUCCGACUUCCAGCGCGGCCGUAUGGGAAGUCUAUGGGCGCGCUACGGCAUCCGCAUCCCCAAGCGCGACGAAUCCCGCCGGCACUCCUUCUUCUGGGUCUUCUCCCGUCCAUUCAUGAUGUUCAAACAUCCCGCCGUCUUACUUUCAUCAUUCUGGUUCGGCAUCGCAUACAUGCUCCACGUCGGGAUCACCGCCGAGAUCCCCCUCCUCUUCUCGCCCGCGCCAUACCACUUCACACCCCUAGAUGUCGGCCUCAGCGCAUUCUCCGGACUGAUUGGCGCUCUUUUGGGUGAAGCAUUCGCCGGGCCAGCAAUCGACCUCAUCGCCAAACGGGCCCUCAAAGGCGGGAAAGAAUGGCAGCCGGAAAUGCGCAUGAAAGCAAUCUGGCCAGCCUUGAUCACGGCGCCCCUGGGUUUGAUUAUGUUCGGCGUCUCCAUCGAAUUUGGUCGCGCCUGGGCAACCCCCCUCGUCGGCCAGGGUGUCUACAUCUUCGGAAUCGAAGUCGCCACGACUGUAAUCCAAACAUACCUUCUCGAGUCUUACGCUGCCCAAGGUCCCGAAGCGACCCUCGUGUUUAACAUGUUUCGUAACUUGUUGUCGUAUACCACCCCUUUCUUUACGCCGAUUAUGCUGGAGAAUAUUGGAGGGGGUGCGACUUUUGGGAUUUUCGCGGCGUUGAUUGUGGUGUUUUUCCCGGUUACGAUUGGGGUUUUGAUGAGGCGUGGCAAGGAAAUAAGGGAGUGGAGUGGGGAUCCGGGAUGGAGUAGGGAUUAG